UGCAAUCUAUCAAGUACUAUUAUUAUUUAGUUGUACUAUUUUUAAUUUCCGAUUUUACUUCCUAUCAUUUUUUUGUUCUACUGGCUUAAAAAAUUAGCAUUCCCACCACUGUGAUUCUUUACCCCUCCUGAUUAUUUGUUACCUUCUUUGGCAAUUGAACAAAUUGAUCAGAUUAUAAGGAACUUCUUCAGGCAUCAAAUGAACAAUUAUCCAUUUCCUAUUCACUUUCUUUCUUCACCGGAUUGUAUUUAUAAACUUGUUAAGUCAGGUCUUGCAUUCUAAACUUGGCUUUGCAUAACCGGCUAAACUAUUCCGUAGGAUUUCUGAGAUCCUAAAUUUCAAGGGAUAUAUGGGUCAUAUGCAGCAAGGGAUUUCUGAUGUCAUAUGUUUUUCUGCUUCUAGCUUUAUUCAGUGUGUCUGUUAGUCAAACAACUUCUCAUUCUGGCAUGGCUGAUGGCACAGAGUGCACACCUUGAAGGCUCUAUUCCUUUAGUUAUAUGAGUAGUGCCUUUCUAGAGACAUUGAUCAAGGAUCUCUCAUUUCAAAAUAUUGCUCUUGGUCUCUCCUUUAGAUGUUUGGUGAAUUUUCAUAACUUUUUAAAGCUCUUUUUCAUUGUUGCUGAUAUACUGAAUGGUGAAUAUAGCCAUAAGUCCUCUCCUUCUAUUGGAGUUGGAAUUCUUUUUAAAGCUCCUUGGUGGGAUUGGCUUACGAUUUGUCAAAUUAGUUGGUGGGGUUGUGGGUUUGAUACUUGUUGGGCUGUUAUUUGGAAUUCUUUUCGUCAAAUGAAUUCUAAAUAUGUGGACUAUGGUUCAUGACAGGGUUUAGGGUUUCGUUUUGUGUCAGACAGAACGACUUACCAUUCCGCCCACACACCGAAAUCAACAUCGGAAUAGUGAUGAUUUCAACAUGCGUCACGCGACAGAAGGAAUUGCGUGUGCUCGUUGUCACGCGAUAGACCACAUGCCUAGUUGCUUUGACCUAUUUGAUACUUAUUCCCCUUGUUCUGGAAACGAAAAAAUUAGAAUUGUCGAUGGUAGUUUUUAACCUAUUCAAGGAAAAAGACUUAUCAAACUGACUGAACAAUUUAAUCUCAAUUCUGUUCUUCAUGUUCCUAAAUUAGUCUGCAACCUUUUGUCUGUUAGCCUUUUUUUCUAAUCUCAAUGUAUUGUGAAAUUUGUUUUUUUGCAAAAUUUCAUCGUACAACUUAUUUGCCAAAAAAUUACUAGGCCUCAAACCUUUUUACUUGAUUCAUAGUGAUGCUUGGGGCCAUCUAAAAUUACUACUCUUUCUGGAAAACAUGGUUUGUAACAUUUAUUGAUGACCAUACACGUUUAUGUUGGAUUUAUCUAAUGAAUAAAAAAUCGGAAGUGAGAAAUUUGUUCAAAAAUUUUUACACUCUGAUUGAAAAUCAAUUUCAAAUCAAAAUUAAAAUUUGUAUUUUACAUUUUGACAAUAGAACAGAAUGUUUUAAUGAGCACUUGGGUGAUUUUUUGAAUGAAAAAGGUAUUUUUCAUCAAUCCACUUGCUGAGAUAUCCCCCAACAAAAUGACAUUGCAGAACGAAAAAAUAAACAUUUACUUGAAGUAGCACGUGCCAUAAUGUUUUAUAUGAAUGUUCCUAAGUAUUUAUGGGGUGAAGUAAUUUUAACAGCCUUUUAUUUGAUAAAUAGGAUGCCUACUAAGGUGUUAGAGUACAAAACACCUCUUGAUUGCCUUAAAAUUUCUUUUUCUUGAAAUUAGAUUGUUUUCUGAUUUGUCUGUCAUAGUUUUUGGAUGUACUAUCUAUGUUCAUGUUCCAUGUCAAUUUUGUUCAAAACUUGAAACACGUGCUAUAAAAUGUGUAUUCUUGGGUUAUUCGUCAAACAAAAAGGGGUAUAAGUGUUUCGGUUCUCAAACUAAAUUUUUUUUUGUGAGCAAGGAUGUGUCCUUUUUAAAAACAAAACCCUAUUUUUCUAAAAAUUCUCUCAAGGAGACGACAAGUGAAGAAAAAGAUAAUUUUUUUGGACAUUUUUAACCCACUUCCCAAUAUCAUUUUUCCGACAAUCUUGAAAAUAAUCCCCCACCUCUAGUGCCUAGUGUUGGAAACUCUCGAUCAGGGGAUAAAUACUACAAACUGAUCGUCGUGAUCAAUGUUGUCAAAAUCGCAAGUCGGAACGUAGAAUCGCACGAUUCUACGUGUUUUUGGUGGCCUUCCGCGUUGCGUCCCUAGGCGGAAGCGGAAUCGGGUGGAAUCGUGCAGAAUCGCGUGGAAGCGUAGCGGAAAUCGUAGACUUGUAAGAGUCCAGCGAUUCUACGCGAAAUGUCCGUUGGUUUUCCAAGACCGGAAGGUCGAUCGCAGCGAUCGAUCAAACACGGGUCCAAGAAACCCUAACUUUCCUAAGUCGCGUCGCGAGCCAUCGUCGCCGCAACUGCUGUGCUUCGUUCUUCUUCAGCAACCAUCGUCUCCUUCACGUACGUGUCUGUCUCCUCCUCCCUCUGCGUCCGGUGUGCGUCGACCGGCACUGUGACUGACUUCGAUUAAAGGUACGCCACCAUCCGCCUCUGUCCCUUCUCCAUCUAUCUCAUCUGUGGGUCUCUGUUCUUUACUUCGUUGGCCGUCUCUGUCCCGUCUGCAUCUCUGAAGGCUGUUGGCCACGUCUGUGGUUCGCGAGCUGCUGUUGCAGAGUUGCAGUGUCGUUGGUGAAGCUGAAGCUGCAUGGUGGUGUUCUUGUUCUUCUUUAAUUUCACGAAAAUGAGUAGAGAAGCUAGUGUUGGUGGGUCUGGUGAAGCAAGCUCCAAUAGUGGUGCAGCCACUCCAAGCGUAGCUUCCACAACUAGUGGAACUUCAGAUUCCAAAAGAUUGGCAGUGAAUGCUCCUGGAAAUAGAUCUGAUCCAGGUUGGAAACAUGGAAUUGCAGUUGAUGAAAAUCCAAAGAAAGUGCAAUGCAAAUACUGUCAAAAGGUGAUAAAUGGAGGGAUUUAUAGACUCAAGCAUCAUUUGGCAGGAACACAAAAGGAUGUUGGAGCAUGCAAGGCUGUUAGUGAUGAUGUCAGGAAGGAAAUGUGGAAAAUUGUAUCCUCAUUGCAAGAAAAUUUAAUAAAGAGGGCAAAGGAGAUUGAAGGAAGAUCAAGUGAUUCAAGUCCUCUUGGCCAAUAUGAAGAUGAGGAGGUGGAGGGUGCAAAAAGACAAAGGCGAGAAAUUGCAAAGAAUCCUGCUGAUCUAUUCAAGAAAAGGGGUGUGAGUAGUCAAACUACCAUCAAUGGCAUUUUCAAGAAGAAUUUGAGGGAGGAAGCUUGCCAAGGGAUUGCCUCUUUUUUCUACAAUAAUGCUAUACCUUUUCAUGUGGCAAAAAGUGAUGAAUUCAAGAAGAUGCUAGACUUGGUUGCAAGACAUGGUAUUGGCUUUAAGCCUCCAUCCUACCAUGAGAUUAGAGUCAAGUAUUUGAAACAACAAGUUGAUUGCACCAAAGAAGUUAUAGAGCAGCACAAAGCAUUUUGGAAGAAAAUGAGAUGCACAAUUAUGACUGAUGGGUGGACAGAUAAGAGGAGGAGGACUAUAUUAAACUUCUUGGUUAAUAGUCCUAUGGGAACCAUUUUUUUGAAGUCAAUUGAUGCAUCUGAUAUAUCUAAAACAGCUGACAAGAUUUUCAAGUCGAUGGAUGAAAUUGUUGAAGAAGUUGGUGAAGAGAAUGCAAUGCAAAUUGUCACAGACAAUGCAGCAAACUACAAAGCAGCCGGGGAGAUGUUGAUGUGGAAGAGAAAGAGGCUAUAUUGGACGCCUUGUGCAGCUCAUUGCAUCGAUUUAAUGUUGGAGGAUUUUGAAAAAAAGAUACCAAUACAUAAAGAGACAAUUGCACGAGGUAAAAAGAUCACAACUUACAUCUAUUCAAGGACUGCGCUUAUUUCUCUAUUGCAUCAUUUUACCAAAGAAAAGGAUUUGAUUAGACCAGCCACUACCCGUUUUGCCACAUCUUACUUGACUUUGGGUUGCUUGAAUGACAAUAAGGGAGCAUUGAUUAGAAUGUUUACAUCCAAAGAAUGGAAAUCUAGUCAAUUUGCAAAGACUAAAGAUGGAAAGGUUAUUGAAAAUGUGGUAAUGGAUAAGGACUUCUGGAAAAGCAUUAUUACAUGCUUGAGGAAUGAGAAGCCUGCCAUGGGGUUCAUUUAUGAGGAAAUGGACAGGGCCAAAGAAAAGAUACAAGCUGCCUUCAAUGGUAUUAAGAAAAGUUACUUGCCUCUAUGGGAAAUUAUAGAUGCAAGAUGGGAUAAUCAACUACAUCGGCCUUUGCAUGCUGCGGGCUAUUACCUUAACCCUCAAUUUCAUUACAGUCCUAAUUUUAAAGCUGACUUUGAAGUGAAAAGAGGAAUAUAUGAUUGUCUACAAAGGAUGGUUGAAAGUAUGGAAGAAGUAAAGAAGAUUGAUGCUCAACUGGAAGACUUCAAAUAUCGAAAGAAAUUCUUUGGUAGUGCAGUAGCCACUUGUGGAAUUGAAACCAAAACUCCAGCACAAUGGUGGGAAUCAUAUGGUUAUGAACAUCCUGAGUUGCAAAAGUUUGCUAUUCGUGUUUUGAGCUUGACAUGCAGCUCAUCUGGCUGUGAGAGGAAUUGGAGUGCAUUUGAGAUGGUCCACACUAAGAGAAGAAAUCGUUUGAAGGCAAAAACGAUGAUUGACGUAGUCUUUGUGAUGGCUAAUUCAAAAUUAGCCAAGAAGAAGGAAUUGAGGAAAGUCAAUGACUAUAGCAUUGAUGACCUAGCUUCUGAUGAUGAUUGGAUUGUGGAUGAUAGUGAAAAUUUAGAUUUGGAUGCUUCAAAUGAAGAUUUGGUUCCAGUUGAAGAAGAACCUAGUAGUGGAGCACCUCAUGAUGAUUUGGAGCUGCCUAGUUAUGAUGAUGAUGAAGUUGAAGAAGGUGGAGAUGCCAUGGAGGAUGUUGGAGAUGAAGAACACAUGGAGGAUGAUUAUGAAUUCAUGAAUUUAUGAAGCUUAGAACUUGACUAUUAUUUUUCAUGUUGUAGACUUAUAUGUUAUCUAAAAUUUGUGACUUAUGACUUAUUUUAUGUGUGGAUUGUAGAAGACCUUAUAAAUGUUUAGUUUAAUCAAAUGUUUAAUGUGUUUUUGAGGUUAUUAAUCUUAUCUAUGUUAUUUUCUAUGAGUAUAUAUAUGUUUAUAUAUAAUUUUACAUUUUGGUAGAAACUUACGAUUCGUGUUACGAUACUACGAGUUUACGAUUCUACAACUCCCUUCCGUUCAACGUAGAAUCUCGAUUUUGACAACCUUGGUCGUGAUAUGAAUUCUGAGCUUCAGGUUUAUACUAGGAAGAGAUUUCAUGAAUAAAGACUCGAAUGUCAAGCCUACACAACACCCGUCUGAAAAACCGAGCUCUUGCUUCGAAAUUUCAGGUAACCCUAUCACAAGUCCAGCUUUGAUUCCUCUUAUUGUGUCUAAUUCUUCACCUACUGAUCCCGAUCUUGAUGUUCCUAUUGCAAUUAGAAAAGGUGUUUGAAAUUGCACUAAUUAUCCUAUUGUAAAUUAUCUUUUGUACCAAAGGCUGUUAAAAAGUCAUAAAGCUUUCACUUAUAGGAUUUCACACUUGUUUGGUCCAAGGAAUAAUACAGGAAGUGUUGGAUGAUUCGAGUUGGAAUUUAGCAGUCAUGGAAGAGAUGAAUGCUUUAAGGAGAAGUGACACUUGGGAGAUAGUUGAUCUACCCAAAGGCAAGAAACGAGUUGGGUGUAAAUGGGUGUUUACAAUAAAAUGUAAAGCUGAUGAAAGCAUUGAAAGGUACAAGGCUAGACUGGUGGCUAAAGGCUUCACUCAGACUUAUGGGAUUGAUUAUCCAGAGACCUUUGCUCCAAUUGCUAAGAUAAAAUUCUAUCAGAAUUUUGUUAUCUCUUGCAGUAAAUUUAGAUUGACCUCUACAUCAACUUGACAUUAAAAACGCAUUUCUCAAUGGUGAUCUAGAAGAGGAGGUGUUCAUGAGUCUACUGCCAGGAUUUGAGAAGGACUUGGCAGUGAAAAGUGUGCAAAUUAAACAAGGCAUUCUAUGGACUUAAACAGUCACCAAGAGUAUGGUUUGAACGCUUUGGAAAGGCUAUUAUUAGUUAUGAUUUUUUUGCAGAGUCAAGCAGAUCACAAUAUUUUAUAAACAUUCAAAAAAGGGUAAAGUUGUUUUAAUUGUUUACGUUGAUGACAUUAUCUUAACCGGUGAUGAUAAACCAGAAUUAGUAGACCUAAAGAGGAGACUCGUAAAAGAGUUUCAAAUUAAAGAUCUAGGAGCCCUCGAGUAUUUCCUUGGAAUGGAAUUUGCAAGGUCCAAGGAAGGUAUAUUUGUUAAUCAAAGAAAAUAUAUUCUUGAUUUCCUUGGAGAAACAAGUUUGCUGGUGUGUAAAAUGGUUGAGACUCCAAUUGAGCCUAACUUGAAGUUACAAGCUGCUAGGGCUGAAGAAGUAAAGAACAUGGACCUUUAUCAAAGACUCGUAGGAAAAUUGAUUUACUUGUCUCAUACGCGGCCUGAUAUCGCUUUUGCAGUUAGCAUGGUAAGUCAGUUCAUGCACUCAUCAGGAGCAUAACAUUUCGAGGUUGUUUAUAGGAUAUUGAGAUAUUUGAAAGGAACUCCAGGAAGAGGUUUAUUAUUCAAGAAACAUAGACAUCUUCAAGUCGAAGUCUACACAGAUGCAGACUGGGCAGGGAGUGUUAUGGAUAGGAGAUCAACAUCAGAUUACUGUUCCUUUGUUGGUGGGAGCCUAGUUACGUGGCGAAGUAAAAAACAAAAUAUGGUAGCCAAAAGUAAUGUUGAAGCAGAAUUCAGAGCUGUUGCCCAUGGAAUCUGAGGUAAUGUGGAUCAAAAAAUUCUUGAGGACAACAAAGCUACUAUUUCUAUAGCUCAUAAUCCUGUUCUUCAUGAUCACACAAAGCAUAUAGAGGUGGAUAAAUAUUUCAUCAAAGAGAAAAUCAACACUGGAAUAAUAUGCAUGAUAUAUUUUCCAACAAAUGAACAAUUAGCUGAUGUAUUUGUUGGAUCCCGUGGGUGUUUUGAUGUGAUCAACCAAGUUAGAUUAGGUCCUGCUAGUUAUCUCAUCCCUGUGUCUAAGUGUGCAGGAACUUAGGAGCGCAGGAAGUCGAGCAGAAGACGCAACUAGCGAGAAG